GCUCUUCUUCUUUUCUCCCCGACAAGCCCCCCCCAAGCUGCCGACAGUCCUCUCUUGAGGAAUUGGCAAAAACUUGUUAUUUUUCUCCUCUUUUCUUGUUCAAGAACAAGAUUUGGGGCUUAGAACUCUCUCUAAACCCAGAAAUUUCCAAAUCUGUUCUGCUCUGUGUCUUCCUCCCUUUGCUGUUCGCCAAUUGCUGGUGGGUGGAUGGCGAAAUUUUCAGGUUUUUUGAAUUGUCGCCGGCUUCUUCCCCCUGCCAAGUCUGGUUCUGCAGUUGGAAAAAUUCUGGUUCUUGAGUGUUCUGUCACCCGAGCACUUGGCUUGAGUUCCCGGUAUUACGGAUUUGAGGAAGUGAAGUCAAGGACGGGAAAAAACGAGAGGAGUGACGAAUUAGAAGGCUAGCCAUCUUGUAAAUUGAGCAUAAAUUUUAGAUAUAAAUUAUGAUCUUGUAA